CGCGGACAGAACUCCUGUUACGCUUACAUUAAUGGGCGUAUUCCUGUGCGCAUUUCUCACAUUUUCCACAUCAGGCAUACCCGACGCGAUGCUCGCCUCGUACCCCUCGAAUGCACAUGUGCUGUUGUGCAGCAGUUCAUGUAUGAUGAUGACAUUCCGGAGAUGCCUUGGACUUCACGGUAUGUACCUACUACUGCU